AUGGGUCAGAAGAAGUCAGAAACAUGGGGGUGUGAGUGGGAGCUGGCUGAGGGUGCUCUGGAAGCCCCUGUGGAUGAGAACCUCAUAGUCGGGGUGCAGGGAAGCAGCAUGCCGUCCACACACCUUGGGGAGAGGGGUGAGACUGAGACCCACUUUGGGGCAGCAGCCACCUCUGCUCCAGUGGGCGUGGAAUCCAGUGCCCUCAGCAUGUUCCCAGUCAGGGAAGGCGACAGUGACCCCUGGAGGCAGCUGCUCUGGAGAAGGGGGCUGAGCCAUGUGAGUCCCCCACAGGAAGAAGAGGUUCUGAUCAUCGAGGGCCUCCUCAACAUUGCCUGGGGACUGAGGCGGCCCAUCCGGCUCCAGAUACAGGAUGACAGGGAGCGAGUGCAGCUCUCAGCCUCCUGGAUGCCCGGACGGCCCAGCUGCCACCCAAAGGAGCCACCUCUUCAGGAUGACAGAGCCAUGGCCCAGGAGCAGGGUGACCAGCCCACAGCCAGGGAAGAGAGUUCCAGGGCCAGCUCAGAGCCCCUAGAGGAGGAAGAGGAGACCCCACAGCUGAUGCGGACCAGGAGCGAUGCAGCUGGUGUGAUCCGGAGGAGGCCCAGGCACUGUGCUCCUGGCGAUGCCCAGCGGAUCUGGCGACACCGGUUCUCCAUCAACGGGCACUUCUACAACCACAAGACGUCUGUGUUUACUCCUGCCUAUGGGUCCGUGACGAACGUGAGGGUCAACACCACCAUGACAGCCAGGCAUGUGCUCAUCCUGCUGCUGAACAAGUUCCGGGUGGAGAAUGGCCCCAGUGAGUUUGCACUCUAUGUCGUCCAUGAAUCUGGGGAACGGACGAAACUGAAAGACAGUGAGUACCCGCUGAUUUCCAGAAUCCUGCAUGGGCCAUGUGAGAAGAUCGCCAGGAUAUUCCUGAUGGAAGCUGACUUGGGCGAGGAGGUCCCCCACGACGUCGCUCAGUACAUUAAGUUUGAAAUGCCGGUGCUGGACAGUUUUGUUGAAAAAUUAAAAGAAGAGGAGGAAAGAGAAAUAAUCAAACUGACUACGAAGUUCCAGGCCCUGCGCAUGAUGAUGCUGCAGCGUCUGCAGCAGCUGGUGGAGACCCAGUAGCUCACGGUCACACGGAGGACCAGUGGGCAGAAGCUGACCAAGGGCCACCAGCUGGAAGUCCCACAUCGAGCCGCUGCCUGUCCACCUGCCUAAGAACCCUGAGUCCCGUGGCCCUGGCUCUUGGCCCCAGAGCAUUUACAGGACCCAGAGCCAGGCCAAGGGGCCAGGAACUCACUGGA